AUGGCGAAUCGCACUGUGGUGUCCGAGUUCAUCCUCUUAGGAAUCCCCAACACCGAAGGCCUUGAGAACAUCCUAUUUGUCACCUUCUUAUCUAUUUACCUCUGCACCCUACUGGGAAAUCUACUGAUUUUAGCAGCCAUCCUCACCGACCCCCGCCUGCACACCCCCAUGUACUUCUUCCUCUGCAACCUCGCCGUCUUGGAUCUUGGGUUCUCUUCCAUCAGCACCCCGAAAUUUCUGGCCAUCCUCUGGGCCGAAAGUAAAACCAUCACUCUGGGCGGGUGCAUGUCUCAGGUCUUCUUCUACCACUUUCUAGGCAGCACUGAGUGCCUGCUCUACACCGUCAUGGCCUACGACCGGUACGUGGCCAUCUGCCACCCGCUGCGCUACCUGCUCAUCAUGAACUGGAGGGUGUGCGCCCUCCUGGGUGCUGGUUGCUGGAUCACCAGCUCCUUUCAUGCCACCAUCCUCACCACCCUGACCUUCAUGCUGCCCUACUGCGGGUCCAACGUGCUGGACUAUUUCUUCUGUGACAUCUUCCCCGUGAUCAAACUGGCCUGUGCGGACACAUCCAUCAUCAAGACGGUGAGCUUCACCAACAUUGGGGUGGUGCCCAUGACCUGCUUCACCCUCAUCCUCGCCUCCUAUGUCCGGAUCGCGGCCUCCGUGGUGAGGAUGCGCAGGAUGGAGUACGGCCGGAAAGCCAUCUCCACCUGCGCCUCGCACAUGAUAGUGGUGUGCUUCUUCUUCGGGCCCAGUACCCUCCUCUACACCCAGCCCUCCCUGAGCAACCUGGUGGCCACCCCCAUCCAUAUCUUUUGUGAGGUACUCACCCCCAUGCUGAACCCGCUGGUCUACACACUGCGGAAUAAGGAAGUCAAGGCAGCGCUUUGGCUCAUCCUGCAGAGACAUGUCUCUGAACCCUCUCCACUUCAUCAUUUAUUUACUUGUGCUUGGCCCUGCCGUGAGGGAAUCGCUGAUAAAGCCAGCACUCCCCAUGGCUACUAA